UGCUAUUUUUGGCUUGUUUCACCAAGUGCAGUGUAAAAGGCACACAUCGGAUACGGGUCACUUUUAAAAGAAAUGCAAGCACGUAGUCCAAAAAAAAAAAAAAUCGGAUAGAGUCACAAAAUCGGAAUUGGUCAUCAAGACCUGCAGUGUAAAUGCAGCCUAAAUGAAUGUAUAAGCACUGGUGCAGUACAUGGCCUCUUUAUUUCUUUAAAAAAAAAAUUAAAAUGGAGAAAAGAAAAUUCCCAACCACAAUCAACAAAAUCGAAACAUCAACUAAAUACAAGCCCAAAAGAACAAACAAAACACAAAAAUGGCAACAAUAAGAGGAUCAAAUUGACUCAAGUCUUAGGUUAGAAAUAACCAUCUCAGCUAUUUCUAAUGCAACCCGAGAACUAACAUCCACUCAAAAAAACAAAACAAGCAAACAAUGUUCACAUAAAAUCAAAUCAAAUGAAAAUAAGAAAACAAAACACUUAUUACAUAAACAUUCAGUACUGGGAAAACAGUGGUCUAAUACAUGUUCAGCUCCCAAGUCUCCACAAUGUUUCCUAAUUAGACUGAACACAACGUAUCACGUUAAGCGUGCUGCCAAAUUUGUUACCGAGUAUUAUCGGCCGCAUGAAAGGGGAAAAGGCCACGAUAAGAGACGUACGGCUCCAAAUCAACCACCACGAUGCCAGGUUUGUUGCCGGUUAUUAUUAGCCACAUGAAAGGGGGGAAAAAAAGCGACGAUAAGAGACGUACAGCUCCAAAUCAACCACCACGAUGCCAGGUUUUUUGCCGGUUAUUAUUAGCCACAUGAAAGGGGGGGAAAAAAAGCGACGAUAAGAGACGUACAGCUCCAAAUCAACGACCGCGAUGCAAGUGGUGAAAUCUGUGGGAUUCACACACCUGUGGGCAUUCAGCCACGAGAAAACACCUGUUCUGUGAACUUCUGCGGGCAUAUAUAUAUAUGGAUGACAGAAGUGUUCAGAGUGCAGAAAGUCCAGACAGACUGCAAACAUGCUGAGGAUCCUGUUGUUGAGCGUGCUGGUCACCCUAGCGCUGGCUGAGCCCAGAUAUCUGGAGGAGGUCCCUGAGGAGAGGGUCGUUGGUGGAGAGGUGGCAAGACCCAACUCUUGGCCUUGGCAGAUCUCUCUCCAGUACCUGUCUGGCGGCAGCUACUAUCAUACCUGUGGUGGGACUCUGAUCAGAAAUAAUUGGGUGAUGACCGCCGCCCACUGCGUUGACACCUCGAGAACUUGGCGUGUUGUCCUGGGCGAACACAACUUAAACAGCAACGAGGGUCGUGAGCAGUACAUGAGCGUCAGCACCGUCCACAUCCACCCCAACUGGAACCGCAACAAUGUGGCUUCUGGAUAUGAUAUUGCCCUUCUGCGCCUGUCCUCCAGCGCCUCUCUGAACUCAUAUGUGCAGCUGGCCAGCCUGCCACCCUCUGGACAGGUUCUGCCCCACAACAACCCCUGUUACAUCACCGGCUGGGGCCUCACAUCGACUGGUGGGUCAAUCUCGGCUCAGCUGAAACAGGCCUAUCUGCCCGUGGUCGACUACAGUACCUGCUCUCGUAGCGACUGGUGGGGAAGCACCGUGAAGAACACCAUGGUUUGCGCUGGUGGCGGAAGUGACUCUGGAUGUAAUGGUGACUCUGGCGGCCCUCUGAACUGCCAGGUCAGUGGUAAGUAUGUUGUCCAUGGAGUGGCCAGCUUUGUGUCUGGGUUGGGUUGUAACGCCACCAAGAAGCCAACAGUCUUCACCCGUGUGUCUGCCUACAUCAGCUGGAUUAAUGGCAUCAUUUGAUAAGCAGGAAAAACUGAGAUGAUGAAAGGAAAACAUCCUCCAUUUAGCAAGUUUUAACAUCUGCAAUGGACAAAAAUACUUACAAUAAACUUUACAUCUAAUCUGGGG